AUGUCGAGAACCGGAGCUCUUGAUCUGGGCAGUGGCGUGGGAGGGAAAAUCGAGAAGAAGGACGUCCAAUCCGCUGUUGAGCAGUAUGCUUCAAUGUCCUUUAUUUCCUGCACAUUUCUUCUUCUUCCGAUCGAUUCUUGUUCUUUCGAAUGGGUGCAUGCUCUCGGCGUGCUUCUUCUCAAUUCUUUUUCUUCUAUUGCUAGAUCUCCCAGUUACAUUGAUGCCCAUAUUUUAUGUUCAAGAGGAAAAAAAAUAUUUGUACGACUUUUAUGUUUUGUUUCCAUAUUUACCAGAUCAGUCGUAGAAAGCUGGCAUUUACAAGUGGGGGAGAUAAAAUAUUAAGGAAAACCGAAAAUAUCUGCUCUUUAUGGAGAACGCUUUUAGUUUGUAGAUUCUUCUGGGCCGCGAAUUGAUAUAGAUUAUCAUCUAUCAUAGCAGAGACCAGGAGCUCAUAAGAUUCAGGAGUGCGAGUGGAGGUCCUUUCAGACGUUAAUCUUUGAAUCCAUAUUUUCCCAUGAUAUAACGGUGAAGAACAGUGAUAUGUCAACUGCUCGAGACUCAUCUCUGAUUUCUGCCGAUACGCAUGAUAUAACGGUGAAGAACAGUGGUAUGUUAGCUGCUUGAGACUCAUCUCUGAUUUCUGCCGACACGCACUGCCAAACCAGUGUUAGGGAAACAUGAGCUUUUUACAGUAGUUUAUGGAUAAAUAGCAAAAUUCAAAUGCCCUAGAAUCAGGAAUCGAUUCCACAUUCAUUUUAUGAUGCUGACUGAUGUGGAAGUGCAAUUUUAGAUUACAAAUAUUUUCUCAUUCAUAUUAUUCCGUGUUUCCAGGUGUUAUGUCCAAAUUUUAUACUGCAUCGUUCAGUGGAUUAUCCCUCAUCCCUAACCCUCCCAUAUAUGCUUGUGUUCAAUGAAUAGGUAUGAGAAGUAUCAUGCAUGCUAUGGAGGGAAUGAGGAGACGAGGAAAAAUAAUUAUUCUGAUCUGGUGGGUCCAGUUACUCUUUUUACCUUUUUAUUCCUCUUGAUAAGAUCUCUUGGAAGGAUUACGUUGAUUGUUUGGUGAUGCUCAGUCUCUUCAUCUGUCCCCAGCAAGUUCAUUAUAUCCUAGGCAGGUUUCUUUUGGUUCUCUGUACCACAGAUGAUCUUGUACCCGUUUGCGUCAUAGUCAUGUGUCGUCUCACAAAAUGCCAAUUCCUGCCUGUUUUAUCAAUUGGAAUUGGGUCCAAGGACUUCCAUAUGCUUGAAUGCAGUGAUGUUUACACCAGCAUGAAGAGGAUGCUGGCGUUUGAAUCUCUUAAGUUUUGGGGUCUAAAAUGCUCUGUAUCGAGUCUCUUGGUGCUGAAAGGAUUUUAUGUUAUUAAAGCUGAGAAGUUAUCUGUUAACAUUCUGCUAGGAUUUUUUUUUACUUGUUACAUUUUUUUUUUUUGGUUUUUAGCAUAGUCUGUUUUGCGAUUUUUCGGUAAAUUUAAGACUUUUAAAACCAGAUUUAACAGGAUCAUUUAUAUUUUAAUUUUCAUAAACUGGUACUAGCUAUAAAUGUGUGGCUGUCUGCUUAUAAUUUGACGAUCAGCUCUGUGAUUGGAUGAAAUGAGACUGAUAUCAUGAUCAUAACCAUUCGGUCACUUACUUGAUGGUAGUCAGUACCGUCAACAAUAUUCCAGGAUGCAGUUAUAACUACACAUCGCACAGAUGGUUAAUCAAUGAUACCUGUCCAAAGUUUCACGGAGAAAAAGGAACACGAUGAGCAUCCUUACUGUUCCAAUUGGUCGGCAGAUGUAGAUAUUAGGAUGAUCUUAAUUUGGGCCAACAGAGAAUGAUGAAAUAUUGGAAAAACUAUCUUCUAAACCUCCUUUCGGUCUACCAACUUGGUGGAUGGGAGGAAGAUUUUCAGGGGUUUUCCCAUCUUGAAUAGUAUCAAUUUUCUUAUCUCUACUCUUUGUUUUCUGUGUAGUCUAGUGGGAGACUUUCCGUAAUUCGACUGAGGGAUCUUUUUCCUAAGAAUUUCAGAAAUAUGAAACUUGAUAUAAGUGGACUCCAUGUUUCCCAAAAGCCCAUUGAGACUUGCUUUUGCGAUAUAAUUUGAUCACUCAAAAUGAGAUUCGUUGCUGCAUUUGAGAGAUUCUCAAAGUUUAUAUCCUCAUCCAUGUUAUUGGGUGGAAGGGUUAGAUAGGGUGAGCGUCCUACCCAGGUCCCCCUUUGCCCAUGGAUAACAUACUGCAGCCAGCAGUGGUUUGAAAUGGUUCUUCAUGUGCUUUCACUAAUCCCAUUAAGUUUUUCGGUAAUCACAAAAUUUGAAAAGAGAAGUUCGGAUAACUUGUCGGCUGGUACUGACAAUGGAGUGCUUGUUGAAACAUCCUCUUUGAUGUUGAUGACUGGUUCAUGUUUUCGUCAACAUCAUUUAUCACGUCUGAAAGGGUAAUUUUGACAUUAUCCUCGUGUUUCAGGUUAACAAGUACUAUGAUCUUGCUACCAGUUUUUAUGAGUAUGGCUGGGGCGAGUCUUUUCAUUUUGCAGACAGGUAAGCUUGUCGAACGGUUGAUUUCUGCAAAAUAGAAUUAUAAUAUGUAGCCAUGUUUCCAAGGAAAUUCAGCCGUAUAAUUAUAUAUUUGCAGGUGGAACGGAGAGUCACUUCGUGAAAGCAUCAAACGUCAUGAGCAUUUUCUUGCUCUGCAGCUGGGAUUGAAGCGUGGAAUGAAGGUUUGAGGCAGUUCUUCACUCUUGUGACUCAGAGACAGAAUUUAAACCCAAUGCACAACGCAGUAAAGCUUCGAAGCUGAUGUUUUUAUGGUAGGUACUGGAUGUUGGAUGCGGCAUUGGUGGCCCUCUACGAGAAAUUGCUAGAUUCAGGUGAUUCCAAUUUCUUGAGAUUUCCAUUUUUUUUUUCUAAGACUAGUGUUGGGUUUCAUCCACAGUUGUAGUUGCAAUGUUCUUUCUUUAGGAGUUCUUCAUAAAAAAAUCUCAAAGUUUCAGCCAUUUUAGUCGUGGAUGAAUCGACUCUACCCCAGCGCUCUUAGUAUGACCAAGAAGAAGAAGAAACAAUCCUGCCGAAACCAGGGAAAAGAAAAAUCAUGGUUUAAUUGGUUGAUUCUUGUAUCUGCAUUGAAGUUGCUUCUGGGAUUUACUAAGUUGCAUCCCUGUGAAUCAUAAUGGGAUCCCUUGAGCUCUAUGGCUUUAUACAUGUUGGAAAUCACAUCCCUCGGCAGAUAACGUAAAUAUAUCCUUUUUUGGCCAUCUAUGAUGCCAAGGGUGCUCUCGGAGUCUAAUAAAAUGUAUUCGCCAAUUCUUCAAGAAACACUCAUCGAUCCUCACGUUAUGGCCAUACACCUGACCGUCAUAAUGGGGAAUUAUAUGCGGCUGACUGACCGCUGCAUCAUCUGAUAGUAUGCUGAUGAAUGCUCGGCAGUAUUUUCUUCCUGAAUCAGGGCAGCAUGUCCGCAUGUAUGCGGAUGAGCCGCCUAUGUGCCUGAAAAUGUUUCAUGUCAUGAGUGCAGCUCAACGUCUAUCACGGGAUUGAACAACAAUGAAUACCAGAUAGGCAGGGGGGAGGUAAGAGAUUUUUUCCUAAGAAGUGGAUGCCGGAGUUUUUUGAGCCUUAACAAUCUUGAGCCGAACUGAAUGUGGAUUUUACGGGGGAAAAUGGCUAAUUAAUGUUUUUUGCAGGAGCUAAAUCGAUCGGUAGGAUUGGAAAGGUCUUGCAACUUUGUUAAGGUUUAACAUUAUCCUUCAUCCUCCUUUCUCAGAUAGAUUUUUUUUUUUUUUUUUUUUUGUAUAUUCGGUUAUUUGGUAUUAUUGCACCGUCUAUGCAUGUUCCUUCUGAACGGCUAAAACUUUUUUUCUACUAUCACUCUGGUCUUCUAAUCAAUUAUCAUGCGAAUGACGUAUUCAUCAAGUCUGCUCCAGAAUCCCACAAAAAUUAGAACAAUUUUCUUACCGUUUGUGGACUGCCUAUGCCAAAACUGUAAUCCUGGGAUUUCUUCAUGCCAGCAUACUUCGCUCAGCUCAUUAUCCCUUUCAUAUAUGAUGGCCUGUCUACUAAGCUUGUAAAAGGUACUGUUUAUGUAUGAUCAUAUGGAUGAGAGAAGGGAAGGGGAGCAGAAAAACCCACCUGAACAUGCAGUUUGGUUCAUAAACUACACGCAUGUUUUCAAUGAAUAUGCAAUAAAUCUCUUCAAUGGGCGUCCCUCUCCUGUGAGCAGUGACGAGCUUCCCUUCUGUACGUUCAGGCUGAUUUCAUGAAAAUGCCAUUCGAUGAGGAUACUUUUGAUGCAAUCUAUGCAAUCGAAGCUACGUGCCAUGCGCCUGAUGCGGUAUACUGCCCAAAAUUUAUAUGUUCAAGUCCAAUUUUUACCAGCCCCCUCUUUCCUCUUCGUUUCAUUUGAAUCUAAGAGUUGGGUCUCUGCAUUGUGUUUUAUACAGCUGGGAUGCUACAAGGAGAUCUACAGGGUCUUAAAGCCCGGUCAGCAUUUUGCCGCCUAUGAGUGGUGCAUGACGGAGUCCUUUGAUCCGAAUAAUGAAAAUCAUCAGAAAAUAAAGGCAGAGAUUGAACUCGGCAAUGGCCUUCCUGAGAUAAGGACCACAGCACAGUGCCUUGAUGCCGUAAAGAAAGCCGGGUUUGAGGUAAUUAGCCCACCAUGUUUUCCAAACAUGAAGCAAUGGAGUUAAAUGACGGAGUGAAUGGUGGUACUUAUGGUUUUCUGAAGGUCAUCUGGGAGAAGGACCUUGCAGUGGACUCACCUGUUCCCUGGUACCUUCCCCUGGAUACUAGCCGAUUCUCCCUUUCUAGCUUUCGUCUGACAGCAGUUGGGCGUUUCCUGACCAGAUCCCUGGUAAUAAAUAUUUCAGCUUGAGCUGGGCAUGGUUAAGGCCAACACCAUCAUCAUCCUUCUGACGUAACUUGAUGCUUUUCCUCCAGGUGAAGACACUGGAAGCUGUGGGGCUGGCCCCAGCAGGGAGCCAGAGGGUCUCCUCCUUCCUAGAGAAAGCUGCAGAAGGGCUCGUUGAAGGUGGAAGGUGAACAUAUUGAUCACUUAUCUAAUUUUUCCUCUUUUCAUUUUUUCAGACACGAGUAGAGGUUCUGGGGUUAUGGUUGUUGUUCAUUUGGCGUUUUCUUCAUUCAAUAUUGUUCAUACCCAAAUUUUAUCUGGUAAAAUACUCCUCGUUCUUGAUCUUUGGAACUGAUUUGAGCCGUCUGAUCUCUGCAGGAAAGAAGUAUUCACACCGAUGUACUUCUUCUUGGUACAGAAGCCAAGGCAGUAA